UGAUUGCGCAUCUGACACACACGCACACACACACACACACACACACACUGCAGCUACAGUCAGUCACUGCCUCACAUGAGCGCGCUUCUGCUGCCUUUCACUCCUCACUGACUGUCACACGAUCGCUCUACCUGUGCCUUCAGUCCCACAAGGGCGAAACCUACUUCAAUAACUGGACACAGAAAGUGAGACAGAGACGAAGUAGAGACUCCAAAGAUUUUACCAUGAGUGAGGAGACUGAAGUUUGGGUGUAGUUGUUCGGUGGAGCAAGAUAUCACAAACGCAGUGUCUAUAAUCCCGCAAAAUAGACGAUGGGUGAAGCCGAAGAUGAGAAGAACCAGUCAGGACGACUAUUUGAGAACUUUGUUCAGGCCACUGACUGCAAAAGCACCCUGCAGGCCUUCAAUAUCAUGUGCGGUUACCUUGAGCUUGACCCUCUGGAGCACAGCAGCUUCUACAGCGGCCUGAAGAGCACGGUGACCUGCUGGAAAGCCAAAGCCCUUUGGAGUAAGCUGGACAAGAGAGCCAGCCACAAAGAGUACAAGAAAGGCAAAGCCUGCGAGGGCAUUAAGUGCUUGAUUAUUGGAGGAGGCCCCUGCGGCUUGCGGACUGCCAUCGAGUUAGCUUUCCUCGGAGCCAAAGUGGUGGUUAUAGAGAAGAGAGAUACAUUCUCCAGGAACAACGUCCUACAUCUCUGGCCUUACACCAUUCAUGACCUCAGGGCCUUAGGAGCCAAGAAGUUCUAUGGAAAGUUCUGUGCUGGAGCAAUAGACCACAUCAGCAUUCGGCAGCUCCAGCUCAUGCUCCUGAAGAUCGCUCUGCUUCUGGGAGUGGAGUUUCACGUAAAUGUGGAGUUCAUCAAGCUGGUGGAGCCUCCAGAGGACCAGGAGAAUGAGGGGCCGGGCUGGAGGGCAGAGAUCCGUCCCGCGGAUCACCCUGUGGCUGACUUCGACUUUGAUGUGGUGGUGGGAGCUGAUGGGAGACGAAACUCUUUAGAAGGGUUCAGGAGGAAGGAAUUUCGUGGCAAACUGGCCAUCGCCAUAACAGCAAACUUUAUCAACAGAAACACCACCGCUGAGGCAAAGGUCGAGGAGAUAAGUGGAGUUGCCUUCAUCUUCAACCAGAAAUUCUUUCAGGAUCUCAGACAGGAAACCGGAAUUGAUCUAGAGAACAUUGUCUACUACAAAGACAACACACAUUACUUUGUCAUGACAGCUAAGAAGCAGAGCCUGUUGGACAAAGGUGUCAUCAUUCAUGAUUAUAUCGACACUGAGGCACUGCUGAACAGUGAAAACGUGAAUCAAGAGGCUUUGCUGGCAUACGCACGAGAGGCAGCCGACUACGCCACCCACUACCAGCUGCCCACGCUGGACUACGCCACCAACCACUGCGCUCAGCCUGAUGUGGCCAUGUUCGACUUCACCAGCAUGUACGCCUCCGAAAGUGCCGCUCUCGUCCGGGAGAGGUUUGGUCACAGUGUGCUGGUGGCACUAGUGGGAGACAGUCUUCUAGAGCCCUUCUGGCCUAUGGGGACGGGCUGUGCCCGCGGCUUCCUGGCAGCCUUUGACACGGCUUGGAUGGUGAAAAGUUGGGCGCAGGGUAGAAAUCCUCUCGAGGUGCUGGCAGAGAGGGAGAGUCUGUACCGAUUGUUACCUCAAACAACACCUGAAAACAUCGCCAAAAACUUUGAUUUGUACACCAUAGAUCCGGGAACACGCUAUCCCAACCUCAAUUCAAACUGUGUCAGGCCACACCAGGUCCGCAACAACUAUAUCUGUGGAGAGAUGAAGCCGUGCUCUCUGGAACGGGCCGCCACCAUACGCCGCCCCGUUAACUUAGCCCGGCGAGAGUCUGAGAUCAGGCCGAGUCGGUUACUGACGUGGUGUCAGAAGCAGACGGAGGGCUACAGGGCUGUGGAUGUGACUGACCUCACUUCCUGCUGGAGCAGUGGUCUGGCUCUCUGUGCUCUCAUACAUCGCUUCAGACCACAGCUCAUUGACUAUGACUCUCUCAAUGAGCAAGACUGUGCCAGAAACCUUCAGCUGGCAUUUGAUGUGGCGGAGAAGGAGUUUGGCAUUAAGCCUUUCAUCACAGGGAAAGAGCUGGCGGCAGGUCAGGAGCCGGACAAGACCAGCAUGUGCAACUACCUCUCCAAGAUCUACGAGCUCUUUCGGGGAACGCCUCUACCUCCCUCAGAUUCAAAGCGAGAUGGUGAUGCAAAUAAUGAAAAAUAUCCAUCAGGUUCUUCCAGACCUGUUUACAAGUCAUUGAGUUUGCUUCAGCCUCGUAAACGCAUACCCAAGAAUGACAAAAAGACUGAAGACAAUGAUGCCAUAUACAAGAGAAGACGGAAGAUAAGUUACUUAGAAGAGCCAAUCAGAUCCAUCAAUCAGAGUUUUCCUUCAUCCAGUGAGGGGCGGGAACUGAAAGAAAACAAGGUCAAGUUUAUGGCCACUCAGCUUCUAGCAAAAUUUGAAGACAGCACUGCAAGCUGCUCUAUUCGCAGACAGUCUGACUCUAAUGAUGAGAGGCCUCCAAGACCUCCAUCGCUCGAUAUGACCGAUAGCCCUCUCUUUAACAUUAUCAAGAAGAAAGUCCCACCACCCCCACCCCCUAAAAAACAGUUUCCAUCCAUCGCCUGUGUGCAACACUCUGAGGAGCCCUCGGCUCUUCUCUUCCCUUCGCUUCAUUCUAGUCCUCUGAAUCCACGGAGGAAACCACUUCAGCCGACUCACACACACACUCACACACAAUCAGAGGCAGAGAACACAGCUGACUCAGACUCAGGAAAUCCAGCCACCUGCCACUCAGCAGUGCUGGCCAUGAGAGCAAUGCUCCAGCGCCUCCAGAGGGUGGAAGAAGAGAUUAGCCAGAGGAAGGCCCAGUCUCAAAAGGCCAGGGAGUUUCAUAAAAAAAGCAUAAAGGAGAAGGCUGUGCAUUUGAGCUCUCUGUUCUCUGGCGAGGCCUGCUCUCCACCUCAGACGGAUAUACCUCAGACUGGGCAGCUAGACAUGCAGCUUUGUGAAGAGAAGAGAGAAUCAGUGAAAAGCUCAAAGCCUCACUCUUCAUCUCUCCAUUUUCCUCAUUCCAUCCCACUGACCACCCCUUCAGGUCCUCUCCCACAAUGCACUGCUGCUUCCUGUCCUCCACUCAUUUCAUCCUAUCCCUCUCUGCUGUUACAGCAGGUGUCUAAAACCAAACCAUUAGAUGCGAAGCACUUUAUAAAGGAGAUACAGGGAGAUACAGUGAGUUCUUCCCAUCUGUUAAGCAGUCGCAGAACGUCUCAUUUUAGGCAUCAGAGCGAAACCCAGAUCCCCCAGUCAGAGGAAAACAGAAACUUUAACGUACCUGAUAAGACCAGUUCUUCCACUAUCCAUCCUCAUCAGUCUAACUCCAUAACAUUUCACCCCAUCCCAAAAUGCACUGCUCCACUCCAUCUUUCCUUUCCAUUCUGCUCUGCUUCUUCAUUACGCAGUAAAUUAAAGCCAGAAAUACUUCAUUGCAUAAACGUGCAAGAAGAAGCAAUGUGUAACUCAGAAAUGCGCACAGUAGGCAAAGUGUCUCUGAUAGCGGGUGCUAGAGCUAACUCUCUGGUUACCCUCGAUGAAAAUGAUCAUAUGCCCCAGGCAAGCAGCUCUGACAGUCCGCCUUCCUUAAAAAGAGAGUUUCCUCAGAGUCUGGGUGAUGUGUGUCACGUGUGCAAGAAGCGGGUGUUUGUAGUGGAGAGGCUCAGCGCAGAGGGAUUCCACUUCCACAGGGAAUGCUUCCGCUGUCAUACCUGCAGAGCUCCACUGCGCCAGGGAGGGCAUUCCUUCGAUUCAGAGGAAGGAAAGUUGUACUGCAAACUCCACUUUGCUCAACGGAAACCCUUAGUCAAGAAUGGAGGGACACCGAUUCUACACACGACGUGUAAUGAGGAAUCCCACGACGGCUCCAGCUGGAGUCCAGAGGGACGUGAGCAUCCUCUCCAGGACGAGUCUCCAGGUAUCCUGUCCUCCCUGAAGAGAAGCCUGCGCUGGCCGCUGCACGUGAGCCAGACUGUGUGUGCUGUGCCUCGCCGUGUGUUUAACUGGCUGCAUGGUAAAGUGUGGGCCACAGGAGUCCACCUGCGGGAUAAUGUCGAGGAUUACACCUUCCUGUAUGAACUGCUCAGUGUGAGUCUGCCUCUGCUCGCCGUUCUCCAUGAACAGCUGGUCCAGAUGUACGCAGAGGCCGAGCCGCUCAAUCUACAGCCUCUACAGCACUGGCUGGAAGAGCACAUGGGCCACUGGGUCUUAGUGUGAGAGAAACAUCGCCAGGACCCUUUAAAAGGGUUCAUAUCUGAAAUGUCCUGGUUUGGAUUGCGCACAAAUUACCAAAGCCUUUCUCAAUUACGAAGGUUUGCGUAAAGAGAAAAAAAGUGUCAAACACGGAGUGAACUUUAAGCACUUUAAUGAGUGAUCUGCCUUCAUAUGCACGAUUAAGAGUGAUGUUCUGAUUUUAGUUAUUAAUGAAAGUUUUUUAUUCAGACUGCAAGUUUACAAAACCUGACCGAUCAAGCUGCAAACAUGCCUCGUCAUGAACAUGGAAGUCACAUUCUUCUCACAUGUUUACAUAUCUUAUGAAAAACAUACAGCAUGGCUGUUAAAAGGAAUGUUUUCCUGGCUCAACGCAAGAUAAUCUAUUGACAGCAUCUGUGAAAAUGUUGCCGACUAUCACCGAAAAUAACAGCAUCUUAUCCUUCAUACCGUUAAAACAAACAAGAAUGACAAUGGAAGUCUGUGGGACAAGACAUUCCAGAGGAUUUAAAGCGGAAAUGUGCAUCUUAAAUUUCUAUCAAAGCGUCUGUAGUAAUUUAUCAAAACAUAGGGUGUGUUAUCUGAGCUGAGCAUUUUUUUGUGGUGUAACACACUAGUGACUUGUCUAUAUUAACUCAAUGUGUUGUCUUUUGUGGCUGGACUUUCAAAACAGUGUGAGCAUUUUAGGACUUUAACAUUUAAUCCUGUGUUUUAUCUUGUCCUGUAUACUUCCAUUGAAACUGCAUUGCUGUUGAAGUGAUUUUUUUUUCAGUUAUUUCCUGUUAACAGAUGCUGUCCAUAGAGUUCAUCUUAAAGUUUAACUUUAAGCCAUAAAGACUACGUUCUUACAUGUGUGCUGUAUAUGUAACUAGGGAUGCAUAGAUUUGGACUUUUUAGCGGAUAUCAGUUAUUAUAUUUUCAGCCAAUAGAUGACAACAAUAGGUGCAACAACAGAAAACAUCCUUAAAAAAAUUGAUGUGAACUAUUGGAAUAAAGAAAUGAUACAACAAAGAAUAAAAAUAAACUAUACAUUUAAAAAAAAAAUCGUACAGGCUCUUAUUAAGAUUCAGAGAUAACAUCAAAAAGUCACAUUUACAGGCUAAUAUUAAUACAGAUAUGUCAUGCACCGCUCUAUGUAACAAAAUACCGAAUAUGUACGCAAAGCAUAAGCAGACAGUUCCAAAUGCACAUUAAUUUCAUCUCCUGUAGUCUCAAUCAUACACCAGUUUUGCAUCACACUUACGAAUCGCGACAGAAACACUACUUUGUCAGUUCUUUAAACGUCCUCUCAUUUGAUUCACUGGACUAUUACUGCGGUUUCUUCUGAUGUCAUUUGCUACCUACGAUGUGCUGUCUGAGGGCAGGGCAAUACUGUACUUAUAGAUUUUACAGUAUCGCAUGUAAGUGCAAUUAAAGUGCACAUUUUUUCCCCAGUCAGAACUUACUGAGAAGUAUUAAUAAUAUGAAACACACUUUAUGUUGACACUGGAAGGCGAUGCUAGUUUGGGAUGUGUUAAUUAGUAUGAAUGUUGAUUGCAGAUCACCAAAUUCAAAUGACAUGCAUGAAAAUAAAGCACGGAUCAUUAAAUCUGUUAAAUCCAUGUUUGUGCAUUAGCAGCUCAUUUUGAAACACUGUUUACAAGCUGCAUUUUGAUUCACUUCUCAUGUACGUUUCUCAUUUUUUAUUCACUUGUAGUCCUUUUCGACCUCUCCACUGCGUCUGCUCCUGACUUGCUGUGAGCAACGCUGAUCCAAAGGUGAUCGUGUGCAAGGUCACGCUUACAGCAUCUUUGACCUGUUUUACAGCUGUGGACAUGCACGCUGCAUGACACUAACCGCCUGCCUCUGUUUCUCUCAUCUGCACGUCACGUCCGACAUGUUUCUCUUCUCUGUCUUUCUUCAAGGCUUGUUAAUUACUUGCUCAUGCAGCCUCUGUCUUUUCUUCAUUUCUUUCUGUUUCAGAGUUGGCUUACAUUUCAGAAACCUUCAGGCAGGCGCCCGUGUGCCUCUAUGAAAGCAGGUCGUUAGGCCUUUAGUUAAAGUAGCACCUUUUAUCUGACAUGUUGUAAAACUGUUUGAAGUUGUUUGCUGUGUAUUUUCAAUUUGAAAGUUGUUGUUGCCUUAUUUAUAUUAAGCCAUACUCUUGCAAUAAAAGAAAAAUCAAAGCCUUGU